AUGGCUUCAUCACCUUGUCUCUAUCUACUACUUAUUGUGCUCUCUCUUUGGGCAAUUCCAUGUCUCUCUUACACUUCCUUCAUAUUUGGGGACUCCCUCGCGGAUGUCGGGAACAACGACUAUCUCCUCACCCUCUCCAGAGCCGACUCGCCGCCUUAUGGCAUCGACUUUACUCCUUCCGGUGGGCGGCCUACUGGAAGAUUCACGAACGGUCGAACUAUUUCAGACAUUAUUGGUGAAGCUCUAGGGGACAGCUCCUUCCCUCCACCCUACUUAGCUCCCAAUGCUGCUGAAAACAGCAAACACAGAGGGAUCAACUUUGCUUCUGGCGCUUCUGGAAUACUAGAUGAGACUGGUUCUUUAUUUCUUGAAAGAAUACCACUGGGGCAGCAGAUCAACUACUUUGAGGAGGCCAGAAACCACAUGGUGGAAAAGAUGGGAGAGAAUCACACAUCUGAGUUCUUAAGAAAAGCAGUGUUCUCCAUAGCAUCAGGGUCUAAUGAUAUUUUGAACUAUCUCGAACCCUCCAUACCCUUUCUGGGAAGAGAUAAGAUGCAUGCCUCUGUUCUCCAGGAUACCAUGGUUUCCAACUUGACCACAUAUCUCAAGCGUUUACAUGAGCUCGGGGCCAGGAAAUUCGUAGUGGUGGACGUCGGACCUCUCGGUUGCAUACCGUACGUUCGCGCCCUUAAGUUGGUUUCGAAAGGAAGGUGCUCACCAACCGCGAACAAGCUGGUCCAAGGCUACAACACGAAAUUGAGAAGAGGAAUUUACGAGCUAAAUCGAGAGAUGGGACCAGAAACCAUGUUUAUUUACGCGAAUUCGUAUGACAUUGUAAUAGAUUUAAUGCGUAAUAGUCGCCAAUACGGUUUUGUGAAUGCAAAUGACCCCUGCUGUGGAGGCAGCUUCCCUCCAUUUCUAUGCUUCAGAGGUGUCGAUGCCACCGAAAGCUCUUUUCUUUGCGAAAAUCGCACAGAGUAUGUGUUCUGGGAUGCAUACCAUCCUACAGAAGCUACCAACUUAUUAAUUGCCAGUAGAUUUCUGGAUGGGGAUGCGAGUGCUGCGUUUCCCGUUAAUGUUCGCAAAUUAUACGAAGCAUGA